GUGUGCAAUUGGCAAACCGCGAGAUGACAAGCAAGCACAAGUCGCGUGCACAGUCUCAUCAGUCUCUCUCUGUCACCCGUGACACACACAACUCACGGACACUGGAACAGUCAGACUUCCAUCCGUCCUGUCAUGACUCUGACACAACAAUAUUCACUGACACAGAUGCAGACACAUCCUGACACACAUCCUGUGCUCUUUAUGUUGCCGCAACCAUGGAUACGUGGUCAUUUAUUACAUCGCUGACCCAGCGACCGAGCAUCAUUGGAAGAUUAGAGCAGCCGACAAGAAGACAAGACUACGACAAGAAGACAAGAAGCCACCAGCACAAUGACUGAAGAGAACAUCCCGGGAGUGGUGAUCGACAAUGGCUCCGGCGUUAUCAAGAGUGGCUUUGCCGAUGCUGACGCACCCCACGCCGUCUUUCCUUCCAUCGUUGGCCGUCCACGCCACCAUGCACACCACUCCGCCUUUAUUGGACCGAACGCCCAGAGCAAGCGUGGCAUACUUGCACUUGAAUACCCCAUUGAGCACGGCAUCGUGACCAACUGGGACGACAUGGAGAAGAUCUGGCACCACACCUUCUGCGACGAGCUCAAGGUGGAUCCUGAGAACCAUUCUGUCCUCCUCACGGAAGCUUGCCUCAACCCCCGAGCCAACCGCGAGAAGAUGGCCCAGAUCAUGUUUGAGACGUUCAAGACACCUGGCGUGUACGUUGCCACAGCUCCAGUAUUGUCGCUGUUCGCUUCCGGACGCACCACUGGCGUGGUUGUGGACUGUGGUGAUGGCGUGACGCAGAUUGUGCCUGUGUACGAAGAUUGCUUCCUUCGGCACACCAUUCAGCGCCUCGACCUUGCCGGCCGCGAUCUCACCGACUACAUGAUCAAGCUGCUGGAUGGGCACGCGUACACCUUCAGGUCGACGGCUGAGCGUGACAUUGCCCGUGGUGCCAAGGAGAAGCUCUCCUACGUCGCCCUCGAUUACGAACAGGAGAUGUCAGCUAAUUGUGCUGACGUUGAAGAUUGGUAUGAGCUUCCCGAUGGCCAGGUUCUGAGCGUCUGCCACGAGCGCUUUCGCUGUGCAGAGCCGCUCUUCCAACCUCACAUCCUCGGUCUAGAGAUGGCUGGCAUUCACGAACUCACCUACAACUCGAUUUCGCGGUGCAACGAUAACAUCCCUGAGGAACCGUUCGCCAAUCCCGAAAUUGUGCUUGCUGGCGGCACCACCAUGAUGCCGGGCUUUGUCGAACGCAUGCACAAAGAGAUCACCGCCCUUGCGCCAUCCACCAUGAAUAUCAAGAUCAUUGCUCCUCCCAAGCGCAAGCAGGCUGCAUGGCUCGGCGGCUCCAUCCUCGCCUCCCUCUCCACCUUCCAGCAGACGUGGAUCACCAAGGCCGAGUAUGACGAAGUCGGGCCGUCUAUUGUCCACCGCAAGUGUUGGUCCUAAACACACACACAGGUCUGGGCGCGCGCGCGCGUGUGUGUGUAUGUGUGUGUCUGUCUGUCUGUCUGUGUGUGUGUGUGUGUGUGUGUGUGUGUG